UGGUGCGUGCGGAUUAAUAAUUCGUAGGUGGAACGUGUCUCAGUGUAACAAUCACGAACUGACACCCUCCAAUUACCCUCCAACAAAUCAAUAACAACAGAUCAGCCGAAUAACCACUCUUAAUUAACUGUGAAAUAGGACCCUAGGAUUUUCUAUAUUUAUUACAAUUUGAAUAUUUUAAUACAUUUGCAUACGAAAAAUUGAGGCGUUUCGUUAGAACGAUCCAAGUGCGACGCCACAACGGUACUUAUAGCCAGAGCUACUUGAUACACACUUGGUAUAUACGCAGGGUCGAGAAGAGCCAAAUAGUACAGAAGGUACAUGGUGGAAAGUGGCUGCACGCUCCGUUUCACGUUGCCGCAUCAAGAACACAACGGCAGAGUCACAAUUCCGUGUCUUAUUCAAGUGAAUUCUGAGGCCAGAUUUCAUUUCCCUUCGUAUCAUUCACCGAAUGAAAUAAAACGAGAAACUUUUGGGCGUCUAGAACUCAACAAAUUCUAAAUCUGUGGAUUGUUUCAUAAUCAAUAAUAACAAAUUGUGUGAUUGGAAUGAAGUGACAUUUGGACUUGGACGAGUUAUCAAUUAGGUUAAUCAUCGAGAUUGAGAGUGAUUGAAACUCAAUUUCGUUAUGCUGAUCAAAAUGAUGUUCAUGUUUUUGAUACUCUUGGGCUUCGCUGCCGGCAGUCAAAACGUCUCGAUGAAUGCAGCCGAGACAUUACCAGCCUAUGAUCCACAGUUCAUGGCGCGCUGUUACUUCCCGGCGGAAUUCCAGGGCGAGUUCUUGAUGCAGGUGAGCAGUAUAGGGGCAAGGGGAUCCAGCAACACUGGGGAGCCAAUACAGUAUUCCAGCGUCAACAUUACCUAUGACUCAAUACCUGUCUGGGGGUAUUGUCAUAAGAGAUUCGAAGAGAACGUUCUACUUGUUGACAAAUAUGACGAUGGCGAAUGCAUCAGGUGUUUUCGUUUGAACCAACGAUCUCGAAACAUAAUAGAGGUUUUCUCCGAGGCCCUCAACAAGUGCUACACAUACGAGAAGAGUGCGAUCGCCUCUUGCGAGCAUCUCAACACGAGAGCGAUUCUUUACCGAACGAAGGAACUCGGUGGUGCUCCAAUCAGAAAUGAAUUCUGUCCAAUAGCCGGCAGAUAUCACUUCAAGUACGAUAUCAAUGAUGGGUCCGAAGAGAAAGUUGAGUGCAAUACAUUCUCAUCAGACUUGGAAAAUUGUCCAGAUGGGUCCAUCUUUCGGCUGCAGUUCAAGAGAUGCUCCUUUGAAAAUCAUGGUACGAUGCUCAGUGCUAACAGAACCAGCUCGUCGAACGAUCUAAACAUUACCUUUACUUGCCUGGGAAGCUGGCCUGGUGGACCCCACGGCUCUCGCUAUAUCGCACUAUUGGACACUAGAGUGGGGGGUGAACGUCGGCCGCAAUAUCGAUGUGGGCUAUAUCACGUUGAUAAUAAACAGGGGAAAACGUAUUUGGCAUUCAGCAGUGAUUCUAGCUGCACUGAGAAUCUUGAAAAUUCAACCAGUGGAUAUGAGACACUUGUUCUGAGCAAGGCGACCAAUCAGAAGCAAAUACCGUCUUAUGUUUCGUCACAUCUGGCAUCGUAUCCCAAGUGGGCGCAAGGUGAGUGGGAGGAGUCCCUGAUUGUUAAUGGAACGAUGACAUUCAACGAUCUGAAUGGAUACCACAGCUAUACUUUUGUCACUGUUGAUUCCAAUGAUAAUACUGGGAGAUACGUGGUUUAUUCUAAAGAUCACUGUGAACAAGAAGCUUACGUAUGCCUCAUGAUGCGCCAGCGUAGUGAAAAUGUACUGGAGUUCAAAAUAGGCACAGUCCCCAAUCCUGUGUACGGUAGUUAUCUCUGCGAUGAUCCACAUUUGGACAAAUCCGACUGGAUGACACAAGCUCAAAAUAUACAUUCGUCUCACGCAGGGCUAGAGCGCGUCGUGGAAUCUCCCUGUCCCAUCACUGGCCACUACGUAGGAAAAAUACCUGAUCUACCGGGCACGUGUGCCGAAUUGAGCAGCAACUGCUUCACAAAAGAGAUCAUGUAUUAUAAGGUCACCGACUGCGAGUCUGGGGAGCUCUAUGAAGAACGCAAAUACCUGUGCCUCGGCCAGUGGGAAGAGCUAGGAGUAAUGUACACCUAUACCAUGAGAAACGAUACAAGCACAAACGAGUGUUUUGUUGGUCUAAUCGUGAACGAUGAGGAAAUUUACAUAAAGGAAGCUGGAGAUCAUUGUCUCCGAGAUAUCGAUCCACGUAGAGAAGGAAUGCGUCUUUACAAGAAAGGACAAUGCUAUGGUAAUUCACCGAGUCCUGCACCGGUACCCAUAAAACCACUCAUUCCACAUGAUCCUAUCAUGAGAAUUACGUCGCCUCCACAUUCCAGGAUACCAAUGGAACCAACAAGAACUCCACCAAGAAGCACCGGCUCCUCGUCAUCAACGGUGACAAUCAGAUGGUCCCCCGUAAUGAUUUCCGUGAUAACGUCCCUGGGAUUGAGCCUUUGGAGGAAUCAUUAUUGAGACUAGAAACAAAUAUUUUUCGAAUAAAUUACUGUAUUUUGGGACAAUUUAUAUGCCAGGAGAGCACUGACAGACUGUUGUAAUAUCGCGCAUUAGGUAUCCAACUGUUCAUCAAACAUUUCAUGUUUUAUUUAUACUAUAAUCUAGAAAAUUGAUUUACCACGCAAUACGAUGAAUAGCAAUCACUGCCUUAUUCUACAGCAAAUGAGAUUUUUAUACAAGAACGAAACGAUAAAUUUGAUAAUAACUUUUUAUAGAAAUCAAUCAACUGUCGUCAAACGCUGAUGGAAUUUUAUGAAUCAAUUUUCAUUUUCAAUUUUAUUUUGUAAAAUAUUAUUUAUUUCUUUUAUCAACUGACGAAUCAACCCCUUUGAUUCUUAAUUGGUUUUGAUUAUCAAUGGAUUAUAGAUAAUGAAUGUGUACAGACAGAAAAAAUCCAGCAGCAAGUCUGUAGCGAAAUGGUGAGAGGAGAUGAGUCUGAAAAUUUACUUCGCAUAAUUCUGCAAAUAUCUCUGGAGCUAUUGGCUUGAAAACAAUAUAUCAAUAUAUGGUGAAAUUUUAUACAAAAUGUUGUCUUAGUGAUUUCCUAAAAACCUCUUGCCUACAGAGAUAUCUGCAAAAUAAUCUGCAGAAAGAAAUUGCAGUCAGAGAAAAUUGUGAAUAUUUUUGAAAUUUCAAAAGAGCUUUUUUUAAAAUUUCCCACAAAUUCUUGGUAAAAUUCAUC